GUUAAACAAAUACUCCUACAGAAAUUUCGUACAACACCAACUAACAUUAACAGGAGCCAAGUCUCCUUUAACACAGAGAGGAUUUUUCAUUACUCUCCAAACGAACAAAACCCUUCACCCCCCCUACCCCACUCCCCUUCCCUUCGAUAACCCUAAAUUUUUCUCUCCUCUUUCCUUACUCACAGCAGGGAGGGGUUGCUGCCACAUCCUUAUUUGGCUAUCAAUGAUGGAUUUAUAAAGUUUUUGGUGUUCCUGGUGUUUCGUCCAGUGUGAAAAGCAUUACAGAGAAAUUCAAGAAGUUAAAAGGCACUCCAAAAUUCUUGAAAUCUGGUCCAAGGAAAAGAAGCAAUUGAUUUUAUCCAAUUGCGAAAUGUCUGAACAACUCCCAAAGUUGAGUAAAAAGCAAUUGAAGACUCAAGAACAAAAAAGAGUAUCUUCAAGUCCCAAGGAUCAUACUUCUAGAAAGCAGCUCAGGAAAGGGGAAAACCCUCUCCGAAUAUUAUCAGCUACGGAGCAGUGUGCAGAUGUGAAAUGUUCGAAUUCAUGGAUCUGCAAAAAUUCUGCAUGCAGGGCAACUAUUUCUAUAGAUGACACUUUUUGCAAGCGGUGCUCUUGUUGCAUCUGUCACUUAUUUGAUGACAACAAAGAUCCUAGUCUUUGGUUGGAGUGCACAUCUGAAUCUGGUCAGGGGGACUCUUGUGGCCUGACUUGCCACGUUGAGUGUGCACUCCAACGUGGGAAGGUGGGAGUUGUUGAUCUAGGACAACUGAUGCAGCUAGAUGGGAGCUAUUGUUGUGCUUCUUGUGGUAAAGUCUCUGGAAUUCUCGGGUUUUGGAAGAAACAGCUUUGUGUAGCUAAGGAUGCUCGCCGUGUUGAUGUCCUCUGCUACAGAAUAUACCUGAGUUUCAGGCUCCUGGAUGGGACAUCCAGAUUUGAAGAACUCCAUGAAAUUAUUAAAGAAGCCAAGGCAAAAUUGGAGAUGGAAGUUGGACCAGUGAAUGGAGUAUCAUCGAAGAUGGCUCGAGGAAUUGUUAGCAGACUUUCUAUUGCCAGCGAUGUUCAGUCAUUGUGCUCGAUUGCCAUCGAGAAGGGUGAUGAAUGUCUGGCAACAAAGACUAGCAAACUUCCUAAUUCCUCAGAGGGUUCACUUCCUGCAGCGUGCAAAUUCCUUUUCGAGGAGGUGACAUCAUCUUCCGUUGUGAUUGUAUUGAUUGAAGUUUCUGCUGCAUCCUCUGAUGAUGUCAAGGGCUACAAGCUCUGGUACUGCAUGGCCAGAGAAGACACUUAUACAAACGAACCUGUCUGUGUCUUUCCAAGAACUCAGAGAAGGAUUUUGAUAUCAAAUUUGCAGCCUUGCACAGAGUAUUCUUUUCGGAUAGUUUCUUAUACAGAGGCAAGUGAUGUGGGACACUCUGAGGCAAAGUGUUUCACAAAGAGUGUUGAGAUAAUUCACAGGAAAUCUAAUAUAGUAGCAGGACACAAAAGGCAGGUCAAUCAGGAUACUGGAGGAAGCUCUGGCUCCAAGGAAGGCUACUACACUGGAAAAGACAUUGAAUUCGAUUCUGGCUUCAAGGUCCGGGACCUUGGUAAAAUUCUAAGACUUGCAUGGGCUCAACAGCAAGGCUGUUUAGAGGGAUUCUCUGGACCUGGAUCUACUAAAUGCUGUGAGUCUUGUACUGUUAAGCCUGAACCUGUACAGGAAGAGAGGAAACCAUCUACUUCUCGCCAGCUUGACUUAAAUGUUGCUUCAGUACCCGAUUUAAAUGAAGAGUUAACCCCUUCGUCCAGAGAUGAAGAUAACUGCUGCACUUUAGAGCUGACUGUUGAAGCAGAUGAUGAUGCCACCUCUCAUGACAAUGAGAGGAACGGUCUUGCCAGAUCACAUGGUAGUGGAGAUUCCCAAAACUGGAACCAGGGGAAGAAUGGAGAUGUGUCAGCUGGUGAUUCUCAGAUGGAAGGUUGUCGGAAGAGGGGAGCUAGCAAUAAUGGUGAGACACAUGACUCUGACAGCACCCUAAUCAAUGGUUCACCUAUCCAAAUUCGUACAGGAGGCUUGGAUGAGAACUUUGAAUAUUGUGUCAAGAUCAUCCGCUGGCUGGAAUGUCAGGGUCUGAUUGAGAAGGAAUUCAGGUUAAAGUUGCUUACUUGGUUUAGUUUGCGAUCAACGGAGCAGGAACGUAGGGUGGUAAAUACCUUCAUUCAAACGCUAAUUGAUGAUCCAAGUAGCUUGGCUGGUCAAUUGCUUGAUACCUUUUCAGAAAUAGUAUCCAGCAAGAGGCCACGGAAUGGUUUUUGUUGCAAGCUUUGGCAUUAAUUUAUCCACAGACGACAUUAAUCUUGCAGACCAUUUUGCCCGCUGUCUUUACACUCAAUAUUUUCUCCGUAGUCUGUAGUGUGAUUCAUUCGUGGACAAGCCUGUCCAGCUACAAGAUUUGGGUUGUUAUUCAUGUAGACAGUUGACUCCAUGGGAGAGAAUUAGAUUGAAGGAAAUUUACAUUUGUAGAAAACAAUUGGUCUCUCA